AUGGGCGGUCGACUUCCAUCGCGGCCUAUGACGUUCACAGGAUGCUGGACAUGCAAAGCACGGAAGAUAAGAUGUGACGAGACACCAGUAUCUUGCAGAAACUGCGAAAAGAAGGGUGUCGCGUGCGGUGGCUAUGGGAUCCGGCUGCAGUGGGUCUCAGACCCGCUUACCCAACCCGACAAACAAUCUGGUGGCACUGGAGGCCGCAGAAGUAUUAAACUAGACAAGCUGAGCGGGCAGCGGUAUCGUCUGGACGACAUCGACGGCUUCCUGGGUGUCAUUGAUGGGGAAGCCGUAUCAAAGGAACCUGUGAGACAUGGUCCCUUUUCUGUCUUCCCGGUCCAACCGAGUGAUAUUGGCGGAUCGAGUAAGGAAGACAACUCAGUUUCACUAGCCACCAGCUCUGAUCCUCUAACCCCCCACGACAGUGGUGCCCAAACUCGGCAAGAAUGGGACUAUGAGGACUACGCUGUGGAUCUUAACGGGAACCACUCGUCAUAUUUGCCAGUUACUGCGCCAAUAUCAGAAUCAGAAGAGGGGCGAGUUAUUGAUCAGAGCCUGCUUGGGCAAGAAGGUAGCCUAACCAUCGCCUCGGAUGAACUGGAUGGAGUGUUGGAUCCCUAUCUGAAUGAUUCUACCCCCGACAUCAGCCAGGACCAAAACUUCGGCAGUGAGCUUGUUGUUUUCCAAAGCGCUAGCCACAACGAAGCCUCUUUUGGUUCGCCUGUUCAAACGCCAGCCCAGGAUUUCCUUCGGCAUCCAGCCUUGCCUCGCAACCCACGCAUCACCUUAUCCGGAGAUUUUGAGAUAGACUCCCUCAUUGACCAUUAUAUGGUUCACGUUGCUGAUAUUCUACAACCACUUCUUCAUCCGCAGAACCAAUACCGCUCACGCGGAUUAUUCCUCACCUCAGCACUCCAAGGGGCAAUUAAGAACAUCCUGGACCCAAAAGAAUGUGCCCCGACCAUUUAUUCCACACUAUUCCAUUCGGUAUUGGCAUCGGCAGCUUACCAUCUGUGGAAUCGAAAUAAAAAUUAUGCCAGGUACAAAAGUUUGGGAGUGGCGCAUCAACAGAACGCACUCAGUUCGUUGAGAGUCGCUAUGCAAUCACCCGCAAGCGGUGCAGACUACAAGACACUCAUGAUGGCCAUGUUGUCCCUCGUCACCAUUGGAGUUGUAUCUGGAGACGGUGGAGAUUUCCAAGUUCAUCUUGGAGCAGCGAACCAGUUACGGAAUUCUCGUAACCGAUGGAGGGUCGUUAGCAGCCAGACUCGGCAAGUGAACGAGAUCAGCUUUUUCCUGUCCUUACUUACGAGGACGCUUGCUUUUCAACCUUCAUCCACGACUUGGUCUGGGAGAGAGCAACAGACUCUCGAUGAGGAAAUGGAUCUGGUCCAGUCUAAUACAUGCUUUGAGUUCAUGUAUGGAAUCACACCCGUCAUUGCGGGAGCCAUUUUGGAAAUGUGCCGCUUGGGAGAAUAUCUUUUACGCUUUCAGCAAGAUGGAGGUAACAGCUCUUCCAUACCUGAUGAUCUGCUUGAAGCUUGCGAGUCCCUGGGAGAAAAGCUGCUGUCUUGGAGAUUUGACUUGGAGACGAUAAGCUCGAUCCAGGCCAACGACGUGUACAUCUCCACCAUCUUCUACCACCAAGCGCACGCAUGGCAUCAUGCAGCCCUCGUUUACUAUUACAGGAGAAUACAGAGCUGGAAGAGCGCCGAUCUGACCCAGGAAAUACAACACACGAUGGAGCACAUGCAUGCCGCCGAGGAUUCGAAGAUGAUGCCCGGGUCCCCAAGGCAAGGUCUCAUGGCACCACUGACCUGGCCCGCUACCAUCGCCUCUCUUGAUGCCAUUGGUGCUCAGCGAGAUAUUUGCCGAGGAUGGUGGGAGCGGGUGCUGAGUUACGGGCUUGCCAAUAUUGACAAGCAAUGGGACGUCGUGCAGCAGGUCUGGGAAAGGGUGGACGAAUUGCGGCAGUGCCACGGGGUUGGAGCUCCAGAUGGGAUGACUGUUUAUCGCAGCUUGGAUAUUCACAUCUUGCCCGUGUAA